AUGUUGGUACCUGUUUUUUCUUUACAAUUGAAUAAUAAAGUAUUUCCGCGAACAUUUUCAGUUGGAAAAUUUAAUGGUAAACAAUCUUGUCUUGUUGGUGCUACUGCCGGAAAUAAAGUUUUUAUUCAUUCUCCACGUGACACCAAUCCUCAAUCACAACAAUUAGAUGGAAACAUUUCACUUGUUAAUGUUAAUCAAGUAAUAACAAGUUUAGCAUGUGGACAACUUGAUGAACAAUUAGAAAAAGAUUUACUUGUUGUUGGAACAAAUACAAAUAUAAUUGCUUAUGAUAUUGAUCGAAAUGUUGAUUUAUUUUUUCAAGAAAUUCAAGAUGGUGCACAUGCAAUCACUAUUGGCAAAUGGGGUGAAUUACCUGAACAAUUAGCUAUUGUAGGUGGUAAUUGUUCUAUACAUGGUUUUAAUAAAAGAAGCGAAGAUGUUUUAUGGACAGUAACAGGUGAUAAUGUAUCAUCACUUGCUUUAUUAGAUUUUAAUAGUGAUGGGUAUAAUGAACUUGUUGUUGGCUCAGAAGAUUAUGAUAUUCGCGUAUUUCGUGAAGAUCAAUUAAUAGCUGAAAUGCAAGAAUCAGAAAUUGUUGUUUCAAUAUGUCCAUUAAUUAAUGCAAGAUUUGCAUAUGCAUUAUCUAAUGGAACUGUUGGAACCUAUGAACGAUCAAAUCGAAACUGGCGUAUUAAAUCAAGAAAUAUUGCGAUUGUUUUACAAACAUUUGAUGUUGAUGGCGAUGGUGUUGAUGAAUUAGUAACUGGAUGGAGUAAUGGAAAGGUUGAUAUACGAAGUGAUCGUACUGGUGAAGUAAUUUUUAAAGAUAGUCUUAAUUCAUCAAUUGCUGGUGUUGCUGAUUAUCGAGUACCAGGAGAGAAUUUAUUGAUUUGUUGUACGAAUGAAGGUGAAGUUCGUGGUUACAAAUUUUCGGUGCAAGAUGCACAUGUAGCUGCUGCUAAUGCAUAUAAAAAUAGUCAAGAAGCAGUUCGAGAUUUAUCUCAAAAGAAACAAACAUUACUUCUUGAACUUCAAAAUCUUGAAUAUGUAACCAAGAACAUCACAGAUAUAAAUAAUAAAACAGUAGCAGUUGAUGCUACAGCUGAUAUUCAGGCUAAUACUGAAAUCCAAACAAUGCUUACUGUAGAAAAAGGUGGAAAUGAUUUUCCUGGACAUGUUGCAGUUCGAAUGAAAACAUCAAAUCAAACUCUUAUACGAGCAGUAAUUAUGUUCGCUGAAGGAUUAUUUAGAGGAGAAUCUUUUGUUGCUCAUCCAGCAGCAAAUCAAGUCCGAGAAUAUAUAACUGUACCUAUAAUUAUACCUCGAGAUGUUUCUAUUGAUUUACAUUUACAAAUCUUUGUUGGAAUGAAAACAAGUACACUAUUUCAUGUAUUCGAAUUGUCACGACCAUUACCUGUUUUUUCUAUGUAUAUGAUGAUUGAAAACUCACCUAAUACAGAGCCGAAAGGUUUUGUAACGUUUUCUAUAAAUGAACGUAUUCCACGAAUUCUUGUUUGGAUUAAUCAUCAUUUUCUUCUUGCUGAAGAAUAUGCACCUAAUGCAGCGAGUUUAUAUGUUACGUUUUUAUGUGUAAGAACAGAUUUGAAAUUGGUUAUUAAAAUGCAAAAUAAUGGACAAGUUAGAAUUCAAAUCGAUGAUAUGGAAUUAGCUGGAAAUAUAAUUCAAUCAUUAGGAAAAUUUUUAAAAAUUGAAGAUUUACAAACAAGUGGUGAUUUUCCACAAGAAUUUGAAAUACUUGAACAAGUUUUCUAUCAGAUUGAAGAAUAUCAAGCUGCACGUCAAAGAAUUUCAUCUGAUAUGGCUGAACAUGCAAGUAUUAUACGAAAUUUUUUAAUUCGUGCUGAAGAUGCUCGUUUAAUUGGUGAUAUAUCAGUUAUGAAACAACAUUAUAUUGAUUUACUUAAUUUAAAUCGUGAUUUAAUUAAUGGUUAUCAAAUUCGAUGUACAAAUCAUGAAGAAUUAAUGAAAAAUUUACGAUAUCUUAAUCAAACAGUACAAAAAGCUGGAAAUUUAAGACUUGGAAAAUAUAAGACAAAUACAGUUAAUCAAUGUCGUAUAGCGAUUAAAGGACAUAAUCUACAAUUAUUAAUUAAAUCGAUUAAAACUGGAAAUGUUUAA